UGAAAAGUAGAAAACUUCAAAAAGCGCCAAUGCAUACGUUUUCUAGCAGUAGUCCAUUUCAGUUUUAUUACAAUGGAUGUUCCCGAGGGUUUCCGAUUUCCGUUCGAACCUUAUCCUAUUCAAUUAGAUUUUAUGAAAAGUCUGUACAAAUGUAUUGAGCAAGGGAAACUGGGUAUAUUUGAAAGCCCAACAGGAACAGGUAAAUCACUAAGUCUGAUUUGUGGAGCUCUAACUUGGUUAGCUGAUCAUGAGUGUCAUCAAAAGUCACAACUAGAAGAAAAAUUGAAGAUUCUCAGUAAAGGUGUUGAAGAUGAAAAUCCAGCUUUGAAGCAGGCAACUGAUGCACAAGUUGAACCUACUUGGUUUACUUUAGCUAAAAAAAAUGUUGCAAUUUCUCAUGAGCAAAAUGAAAUCAAAUCUGAACUAAAGAAAAUUAAUCAACGAGAAGAGAGAAUCCAAAAAUUAAAACAGAGAGUUCAAAAUAUGUCCACAUCUACUAUGAACCAUUUAGUACCUGACAGUCAAUCAUCAAAGACGAAUUCAAAGAAAUCCCAAAUAAGUGAUUCAACUGAUGUUGAAGAUGACAACGUCCUGAUUGGGGACAUAGAAAGUGAUGGUGAAGAACCUGUUGAAGAAUCACAAGCUGAAGAAAUGUUUGAAGGCACCAAGAUUAUAUUUGCUAGUCGUACACACUCUCAAAUUUCUCAGUUUGUUCGUGAAGUCAAAAAGAGUCCAUUUGGGGAUUCCAUAAGAUUAAUUUCUCUUGCUUCUCGUCAGCAACUUUGCAUCAAUGAAGAAGUUACAAGCCUUAAGAGCAGUACUCUAAUGAAUGAAAGGUGCUUGGAAAUGCAGAAAAAAGGAUCAAGUACAACCUCCAAAUCUGAAGAUGGACAACCAAUUAAAAAAACAAGAAAAUCAUCUUCAUGUCCUUUUCUUGACAGUAAACUCGUACAAAACGUUCGAGAUUUGUCAUUAACGGAAGUAACUGAUGUUGAAAGUUUAAUACUGUCAGGGAAAAAGAAAAAAGCAUGCCCUUAUUAUGCGGCACGAAAUGCUAUUUGUGACGCACAGUUGGUCGUCGUUCCUUAUUCAACGCUACUAAAAAAACACACAAGAGAAGCGUGUGGGUUGAAGCUUCAUAAUAACGUUGUGAUUAUUGAUGAGGCUCACAACUUACUUGAGACUAUAAGUUCAAUUCAUAGUAUUUCCAUUUGGGGUCAUCAAAUAAGUCACGCACAUUGGCAACUGUUGCAAUACCAACAGAGAUUUUAUAGUCGUCUCUCCGCAAAAAAUUUGCUACCUAUUAAACAACUUAUUUUCUUCUUAUCAUGUCUCAUGAAAAGUUUAAAUCUUCAAGGAAAACCAGAAACAAAUCAAGCUGAAGCUGAAAAGACAAAUGAAGACGAAAAGAUUUUUGACUGUUCAAAAUUCUGCAUUGAAGCUGGUUUUGAUCAUCUAAACAUAAACACUCUUGUGGAAUUUUGCGAGAAAACCAAAUUACCUCAAAAGUUGAUCUAUUUUAAACCCGCGACAGCUGAAGUCACUCCGGUUGGGGGUUUGAAAACCUUUUUGGGGAAAUUGAAUUUUGCAGCGGCCCAAAGUGAGAAUGCGCCCAACCCCGUGGAAGCAGUGGAUUCAAAAGAAGGGGGCUCGAGUUUGUUACCAAUCCUGGAAUUUAUGCGAUGUCUUAUCAAUCCAAACGAAGAUGGAAGAAUUCUAUGUGUUAAGAAAGUUCUUAGUUCAGCUAGUUGUUUAAAGUACAUUUUGCUAAAUCCUGGAUCACUAUUUAAAGAUUUUGUCACUCAACCUAGAGCUGUUAUUGUCGCUGGUGGUACAAUGCAACCUAGCAGCGAAUUUCAGUUUCAGCUUUUUGGAGCUGCUGGUGCCCCACAGAACCGGAUUAUGUCAUUCUCAUGUGACCAUAUUAUCCCUCCUGACCAUGUUUUACCAUUGGUACUGACGCGAGGUCCGUCUAACAAAGAGUUGGAUUUUUCUUGGGGUAACCGAAGCCGUUUACUUGACGAAUUAGCCAACUUACUAUUGAACAUCAAUCAGGUUGUUUCAGGAGGUGUUGUCUGUUUUCUUCCGUCAUAUGAUUUCGAAAGUCAAGUAGUUGAUCAUUUGAAGAAAAACAAUUACGUUUCUAAAAUCGAAAAUCGUAAGAAAUUGUUUCGGGAGCCUAAAGAAGCCAAAGAAGUUGAUCGUGUAUUAGACGAAUACUCUCGAUGUAUAAAACAGUUUGCUAAUCCAACAAACGCAGGUGGGAAGAAUGGAGCUAUGUUGCUCUGUGUUGUUGGCGGAAAGUUGAGUGAAGGAAUCAACUUCAGCGACGAUUUGGCUCGCUGUGUUAUUGUAGUCGGUCUUCCUUACGCCAACAUACAAUCUGCGGCGUUAAAAGAGAAAAUGGAUUACUUAAAUAAAAACAUGAUGACUUUGCUUCCAGAAGGGGAAAAAAGACUACCGGGACAACUUUACUACGAAGCUUUGUGUUUUAAAGCUGUAAACCAGUCAAUAGGAAGAGCGAUUCGACAUAGCAAGGAUUACGCUGCUCUUGUAUUGGCAGACCUUCGAUAUGCGCGCUCAAGUUCUCAGUCUUCCCUUCCUGGAUGGAUAGCAAGGCGACUUAAAGUAACUGAGAGUUUUGGGCCUUCUAUAGCUUCCGUUAGUAAGUUUCUUUCCAUGCGCAAACGAGCUGACACAAAUACUAAUUCGAAUUAGCUAUCUUCUUUAAUCUUAUGAAUACGUAAUUCCGAAAUUAUGAAUGUUUCAAAUUGGACUUACCAAUAAUCACUGUCAGAGUCAUUAUUUCUUUCCUGUGCUCGACUAUUGCCACAAUUUAGCUGUGAGAAUAGAGCAUCACGAAUUUUUGGUCGAGGAUCAUUUUCAAGCUCUGUCUUGAAAGCACCAGUUUCUGAAAGUAUCCAUUCUAGUUCUGUUCAUAGUAAAACUGAUUGUUUAAUUA